AUGUCACUCUUGUCUUGCUCAGUAUGCAAGAAAAGACACCACUCGUUGCUGCAUUCUGCUAGUCACCCCACUCAAAGGUUCAAACAGAACAAUUCUCAAAACAAUGCUCGUCAGAGUAACCAAGGCAUGAACUCUACUUCUCAACCCCCUGAACCUAAGCAGCCAUCCCAAACAAACCCCAAUGAUCUACCCCAGCAAACCACUAAUAGUCACCAAACACUCACUGUUUUUACACAAGAAGAUAACGAAGUAUUGUUGGCAACAGCCCUUGUCAACAUCGUUGCCAAAAAUGGACAUACCAUUACUGCCAGAGCCAUACUUGAUUCUGGCAGCACUAUAUCCAUUAUCACUGAACGACUGUUGGAAAUGCUCAAUCAUACCCCGGAAACUCAAAACGUUCAAAUUUCAGGAAUUGGGGGAAAAAUUGAACACACGAGCAAAGUAAUUCGACUUACAUUAUGCUCGUUGAUAGGAAAUUUCUCUCUCGAUGCAAAUUGUUGCAUCUUAAAUAAAAUUACUGAUGUCAGUCCUCGAGUUCGAGUAAAACAAAGUAACUUGCAGAUCCCUCAAGGCAUUGAACUUGCUGACCCUAAGUUUGAUCAACCUGCUUGUGUAGAUAUGUUACUUGGUGCUGAUAUUUAUUAUAAGAUUUUAUCAGGUGACCUAUUAAAAAUUAAUGAACACUCCCUCACUUUGGUUGGAACACACUUUGGAUAUCUCUUGUCUGGCCUAAUUCCUCCGGAUACUUUCUCAACACAGGCUAUAUUUGAUGUCACCAACAACCGCAGCUGUCUUCUUGCUCGGAAUUCAGAUCUUGCUCUUGAUUCAUUGUUGGAAAAAUUUUGGAACAUGGAGAACUGCCCUCAAUCCUCGGAGAAAAUUUUAUCUCCAGAAAAUAACUUUGUGGAAACUAAUUUUCGCGAAACUACCGUUAUUUUGAAUGACGGUUCUUUUCAAGUGAAUCUUCCCCUCAAAAUUCCUGAAAAAUUAUUUCCUCUGGGAGAAUCAUUCUUUCUCGCCAAAAAACGAUUCCUUAAUUUAGAAAGGCGAUUCGAAAAAAAUCCAAAUUUAUUUCAGGAAUAUAAAAAUUUUAUUGAUGAAUAUCUCUCUUUAGGACACGCGCAAGUCGUUCCUCUCUCAUUAAAAAACAUUCACGGCCAUAACAAAUAUUUUCUACCCCACCACUGUGUUAUCCGCGAACAAAGCACAAGUACGAAAUUGCGAGUAGUGUUUGACGGCUCUAUGAAAUCGUCAUCAGGAUUAUCAUUAAAUGAUACAAUGUACAAAGGAUACACAGUUCAACCUGAUCUUUAUGAUAUUUUGCUGAGAUUCCGAAGCUUCAAAUUCGUCCUCACUGCCGACAUUGAGAAAAUGUACAGACAGGUCCGAGUGAACCCACGUCAGACAUACUUGCAAAAUAUCCUCUGGCGUAGUAAUCCCGCUCAUGAUUUUCAAUGUAUUGAGCUGCAAACAGUGACUUAUGGUACUAACUCCGCUCCAUAUUUAGCCACUCGUGUUCUAAACGAGCUGGCAUUCUUAAAUAAGGAAGAAUACCCUCUUGCCGCUGACACAAUCCUCUCACAGUGCUAUGUUGAUGAUCUUUUGUGUGGUCAAGACACUCUCGAUAAGUUAAAAGACCUGUAUUUUCAAUUGAACGAAAUAUGCAAAGGCGCGCAUUUCAAGCUGCACAAGUGGUGCUCAAAUUCGAAUUCUCUUUUAAAAAUCGUUAAUUCUUCUAAUGUAUCCUCCGACGUACAGGCAUAUGACAUUAAAGUAGAAGGAGUUUCAAACAAAGUUCUAGGUAUUUCAUGGAAUUCAGAAGCUGACGUAUUUUCUAUAUCGCUACCCGAUGUUGCAAUUUGCACAUCAGCCACUAAACGGGAUGUUUUAUCAAAAAUCGCGCAAAUGUUCGAUCCAUUAGGAUUAAUUGGCCCUAUAAUAGUUAAUGCUAAAAUAUUCAUGCAAGAUAUUUGGAAGGCAAAGAUUGGCUGGGACGAAUAUUUGAACGAUAGUCUUCUCACAAUAUGGAAUUCUUAUUUUCAAAAUAUUACUCAACUCAAGUGUUUAAAAAUACCCCGGUAUAUAUUCCACGAUAACCAGAUAUCUUCUGUUGAACUUCAUGGAUUUUGUGAUGCCAGUCGCAAGGCCUUUGGAUCUUGUGUCUACCUGAGAACUAUUUACCUUGAUAAUUCUGUAUCAUGCUACUUAAUUACUUCAAAAUCUCGAGUAACUCCAAUCAAGGAAGUUACAAUACCCCGAUUAGAACUCUGUGGUGCUCUAUUGCUUUCAACUUUGAUUAGUCGUGUCAAAUCCAUAUUUAAGGAUAGGUAUAAUUUUCAUAGCGUGAAUCUUUGGACAGAUUCAGAGAUUGUUCUAGCAUGGCUAAAGGCUGAUUCUUCACGAUUCAAUGUGUUUGUUGCUAACCGAAUAUCGCAGAUCCAAUCUCUCACUAAUAAUUAUGUUUGGCGGCACAUCCCUGGUGCAGAAAAUCCUGCUGACUGCCUCUCUCGUGGUACAACUUCUGAGCAAAUAAUGAACUCUUCUCUUUGGUGGAAUGGACCACAGUUUCUACAAACCUUUGAUUUCGACUUAGACUCACUAAAUAUCAAGGUACCUCCAACUCACGAAGAAGAAAGAAAGGAAAGUACUGUCUUACUCCUCAGGAAUGAUAAUUUCUGGGAAACACUGUUUGACCGAUUUUCCAAUUAUUCCAAAUUACGAAGAUCUAUUGCAUUUAUAUUAAGGUUUAUUAAUAAUAGUCGCGCUAAUUCUCAAAAACUCAUUGGACCUCUCACUGUUGAUGAAUUAAGAAACUCUGAACUUUUCAUAAUAAAAACAAUUCAGUCUACGUAUUUCUCAAAAGAACUAAACGAGUUAAAAAGUCCAGCUCGGAAGAUAUCGGACAAACAAAUAUUAAAAUUAAAUCCAUUUAUCGAUGGAGAAAAUGUAAUCAGAGUAGGAGGAAGAUUAUCACAAGCUCUAGUCCCAUAUGAUCAAAAAUUUCCCAUUUUAUUGCCCUCAAAAAAUCGCGUUGUCAAACUACUCUUACUUAAAGAGCAUAUUAGACUCGGACACGCUGGUCCUCAAACUGUCUUGUCAAAUCUUCGCCUCCGAUAUUGGCCCCUAAAUGGAUUAAGGGAAAUCAAAAAGGAAUGCUUGCAAUGUAUGACAUGUUGUAGAUUCAAAAUAAAAAACCAUCAACAGCUGAUGGCUGAUCUCCCAAAAGACAGAGUCAUUCCCUCUCGGCCAUUUUCACGCACAGGUGUAGAUUUUGGUGGCCCCUUUUUUGUGAAAUCGUCGAGUCUUAGACGCUCAAAAACCGAAAAAUGCUACAUAGCAUUAUUUGUUUGCAUGGUUACCAAGGCUAUACAUAUAGAAUUGGUGUCAAGUCUCUCUACAGAAGCAUUUUUGGCUUCAUUAAAACGAUUCAUUUCAAGGCGAGGAAAUCCACAUGUCAUUUUUAGUGACAAUGGAACAAAUUUCUUAGGUGCACGAAACCAACUCAGAGAAUUUUACACUCUAUUCAAGUCUAAGUCAACCCAAGAACAGAUAAAUGAUUUAUUGGUAUGCAAUGAGAUAAACUGGAAGUUUAUUCCCCCACAUUCUCCCCAUUGGGGCGGCUUAUGGGAAGCCGGAAUCAAAAGUACCAAAUAUCAUUUAAGGCGAUUAGCAGGACAGCAGAAUUUUACUUUUGAGGAGUUAUAUACAAUACUCACACAAAUUGAGGCAAUAUUAAAUUCACGACCUCUUCUCCCCUUAUCCUCUGACCCCUCAGAUUUUACUUGUUUAACCCCGGGACAUUUCUUGAUAGGAACUUCGUUGACCUCUUUCCCAGAAAAAGACCUUUCCAAUAUUUCAGAAAAUAGACUUAAUCGCUGGCAACGAUGUGUAAAAAUUCAACAACAGUUUUGGUCCAAAUGGUCUAAAGACUACCUCAAUCUUCUCCAGAAUCGACCAAAAUGGCUAUACCCCGCACCAAACCUUCAAGUUAACGACAUAGUUUUCUUAAAGGAAAUUAACACUAAACCUCUAGACUGGCCUCUGGCUAGGGUACUUGAAAUUAUACCCAGUAAGGACGGAAAUGUUAGACUUGUUAAAGUAAAAUCUAAAAAUGGCAUUUUAACAAGAAACGUCACUAAAUUAUGUCCCCUACCCAAACUCGAUAACUAG